AUGCUCUCCGCCUUCACGGCUCGGCCCAUCAUCGAGCUCAAGCAGCGCGACAAGUCCAGGAUCGAGACCAUCCUCGCCUAUGGCGAUCGAGUCCUCGUCGGCCUCAACACGGGCGCCCUUCGCAUCUACCGCCUGAAUACCCUCGCCGCCCCCGACGCCAAUGGCACCACCAACCCCCCGUCUUCUGCCGCGCCCGGCACCAGCCUGCCCGACCCGACGUCGCAACGGCCCAGCUCCAAACCGACCGACCUGCUGCGCGAGGUAGACAAGUUCUCCACCCGCGCCGUCGAGCAGCUCGCCAUCAUCAAGGAGGCCAACACCAUCGUCUCGCUCUCCGCCUACCAUGUCUCGCUCCACGACCUGUCCUCCUACGAGCUCGUCGAGACUCUCGCGCGCACCAAGAACGCAUCCUGCUUUGCCGUCACGAGUAACAUCGUCAAGGAUCCCGCCACCGGCAUCCCCGAGAUCAUCUCCCGCCUCGCCGUCGCCGUCAAGAGGAGGCUGCUGCUGUGGAGCUGGCACGAGAGUGAGCUCGGCGAUGACGUCGCCGAGAUCGUCCUCCCCGAGGCCGUGCGCUCCGUCACCUGGGCCACUGCCACCAAGGUCGUGUGCGGCAUGAACGCGGGCUAUGUGCUGGUCGAUGUUGAGACCUCCGCCACCACCGAGAUCAACGGCUCCGGCGCCGCAGCCGCGGCCGGCCAGGGGAGUCGCUUUGGUGCUGCCAGCAUGGGCUACAUGGGGCUGGGCGGCUACAUGCCCAGGCCGCUGGCUACGAGGCUGGCAGAGGGCCAGAUGCUGCUGGCCAAGGACAUCAGCUCGCUCUUCAUCGACGCCGACGGGAAGCCACUCGACAAGAGGCAGCUCCCCUGGCAGAGCGCCCCCGACAGCAUUGGCUACAGCUACCCGUACAUACUGGCAUUGCAGCCCCCGGCCAAGGGUUCCCUGGAGGUGUGGAACCCCGAUACGCUGAGCCUGCUGCAGAACAUCAGCCUCCCAGGUGCUGCACAGCUGCACUUCCCGCCGCCCACCGUCAGCCUCGCCCAUGCCGGGAAGGGCUUCCACAUCAGCAGCGACCGCGCCGUCUGGAAGAUGGAUGCGACCGAUUACGACUCCCAGGUGGCCGGGCUCAUCCAGGAGGAAAAGUACGACGAGGCUAUCAGCGUGCUGGGGAUGCUCGAGGAUGCUCUGCUGAAGGACAAGACCGGAACCCUGCGCGAGGUCAAGAUGCGCAAGGCAGAGAUGCUGUUCAGGGCCAAGAAGUACAGAGAGAGUCUGGACCUUUUCAACGAGGACGACGUCCACGCGCCGCCAGAGAGGGUGCUCAAGCUGUAUCCGAGGGAGAUAUCUGGCGAUUUAUCCGCCGAGGCCGGACCAGGACAGGACGACCAAGAAUCGUCCCCCGAGCCUGAGGAACACCAAGCGGAGCAGCCCCAGCAGCAACCGCCACAGCAAUCGUCCGAGGACGACAACACGGACAACGACGACAACGACAAGGCCAACGGGGAGAAGCUGCCAGGGGACGAGUCUAUCGCGGCGCAGGCAGCGUCUCCGACCAGGGCAGGUGGAUUUGCGAGGUAUUGGCCACUGGGCGGAGCCGUGAAGAAGGCAGACUCGGAUACGGCCUCUAUUGCAUCCAAGAAAGGCCCAAUAGCCACGGACAAUGGCGACGCUGCCAGCAUCAAAGCACCCAAGCCGACUGCAGCCGGAGCCCAGCCAGCGGCUCUGGAAGGCAAGGAUCUCAUGGAAGCUGUGGGGGAGCUCAAGUUCUUCCUCUCUGGGACACGUGCGCGUCUGCAGCGGGUGCUCGAUCCGGAAACGGGCAAACUAAAACGUCAAUCCUCAACAACGUCGGAAUCACAGACAUCCUCGCUUGGAGACCCCUUCACAUCCUCCCAGAUCGACACCUCGUUCCUCGUGGACCCGUCGAAGCUAGAUUCCGAGCAGCUGCUCGAGGCCUCCAUCAGAGACACGUUCACAUUGGUUGAUACCACUUUGUUCCGUGUCUACAUGCUCUCCCAACCUAAUCUGGCCGGCCAUCUGUUCCGCAUACCCAACUUCUGUGACCCAAAGGCAGUCAACGAGAAGCUGCUGCAAUCCAACCGGUAUAGUGAACUGGUGGAUUUCUUCUACGGCAAGAAGCUACAUCGUGAGGCGUUGACUCUACUAAGGAGAUUCGGCACGACUGAUGAUGAUGGCCAUGCGGAGAAGAAGGGUACGUUGGCAAAAUGGCUGAAGCCCAAGUUGGGUGCCGGCAACGAAGAUGACCAACGCCACCAUGAAGGGGUGGACCAUACUCAUGAGCAGGAUCAGCCUAAUGGUGACGCCGAGGACAUUCCCAUCAACCCCCACGAAAUCCCCGCUCAGCUGCGUGGUACACAGCGCACAGUCAUGUACCUGCAAUCUCUGCCGCCCGACCUCAUCGAUCUGAUCCUUGAGUUUGCAGACUGGGUACUACGUCGAGACCAGGAUGCAGGCAUGGAGGUGUUCUUGGCGGACUCCGAGAACGCAGAGACCCUGCCCAGGGAUCGCGUCGUGAAAUACCUGGGAGAUAUCGACGAAUCCCUGGAAAUCAGAUACCUUGAGCACAUCAUUGACGAACUAGGCGACGGAACGCCAGAUUUCCAUAACCGAGUCGUCGAACUACGCAUCAAGAUGCUGAAAGAGAAGACCGAGGGCGACGACGAUCGCGAUGAAUCCAUGGAGAAGCUGGUGCAAUUCCUCCGAGACAGCCGACAGUAUAGUCUGGGCCCGGCGUACAGAUUGAUCCCAAGGGAUGAUCCGGCCUUUUACGAAGCAUCGGCGGUUGUGUACAGCAGAAUGGGACAACACAAGCAAGCCUUGGAGAUCUAUAUAUUCAAGAUGCAAGAUUUUGCCAAGGCGGAAGAGUACUGCAACCGCAUCCACAAAGCACAGCUUGAGCCUCCAGCGUCUCCAUCAUCGCCGACGUCACCAGUCUUCGGCCGGGCAUCGUCUCGCCCGUCCUCGUCCCAGCAACGCCAAACCGAUGACGAUGGUGCAGACUUGGACGAUCCGGACUCGACCCCGUCCAUCUACCAGACUCUAUUGAGUCUCUACCUGACCCCGCCGUCCCCGUACGAACCUAACCUAGCCCCGGCUCUGGAUCUUCUCUCCAAGCAUGGCUCCCGCCUUCCUGCGACGUCGACUCUGUCCGUCAUUCCAGACGACCUCCCCGUCAGCAAGCUGGAAUCCUACUUUGGCGGACGCAUCCGGGCGGCCAACUCCAGGCUGGCCGAGACCAGGGUGAUGGAGGGCCUGAGACGAACGUUGCUCGUCGACACGCAGGCGCUGCUGCUCCUCGGUGACGGUGUGCCCGGAGGCCAGGGAGGCCGUAAUCGCAGGGUGGUGGUCGGCGAGGAGCGGGUUUGCGGGGUUUGCCACAAGAGACUGGGCAACAGUGUUGUUGCGGUGCUGCCCGACAACGGGGUGGUCCAUUACGGCUGCCUCGGCCGAAGCGGGAAGGGAGCCGGAGGAGCACGGAGUAUCAGUGCCGGAAGGGUCGUUGCCGGGGCCUGGGGACGAAGUACAUAG